AUGUCUGGCUCCUCCAGCGUCCCAGCUGUGAAGAAGGUGGUUCAGCAGCUCUGGCUGGAGGCCUGGCUCAACUGUGUGAAGGUUUCCCAGGCAGCUUCAGACUGGAAACAAUUCUGUCUGCAGAAUGCUCAACAUGAUCCCCUGUUGACUGGACUAUCUUCUGCGACAAAUCCUUUCAGACCCCAGAAAGUCUGUUCCUUUUGGUAG